AUGUCUUUUGCUGGGUUUAAAAAGCAAUGGAACAAAGCGAACCAGGUAGGAAAAAUAGGCGACCGGCAAUUAUUUUAUCGCCUUUAUUCUAUCGCGUUUAAUAACUAGGAAAUAUUAAACGUUGCUGUGUUUAAUACCGUAUAUUGCGAAAUUAUACAGCGAGCUUUUGACCUUUUGUAUGCAUUUACAAAACAAAUCAGCAUGGAUAAUUGCAGUUUAGAUUUGCAGAACUUUAUAAAUAUUUUAAAACCAUUUAAUAUUUCCGUUUUAAGAAAGGAAAGAUACAUGUUUACUGUGUAUACAAUAUUUAGGCAAAGCUCAAAGAGGAACGCAUAUAAAAUAUAUUGUGUGUAUAAAACUGCUUUGUCAUUUUGUUGUAUUACGACUAACAUGUUUUAAACGAUUUCCGUUGCAAUUAUAUAGUUUAUGAGUGAAAAAGUUGGCAGUGUAAAAGGUACACAGUUGGACGAAGAAUUUCAAGAUUUAGAAAAGGUAAAUCAAAAUAUUAUAUUUUGUGAUUAAAAUCUCAUAUAUAAAUGUUGAAAUACGGCCAAUUUAUUAGCUUAUUGUGUUUGGGUGUGAAAGUGUCAUUUGGGAAUAAACAACUCAUAAAACAUACGAGGUUUGCAAGUUUUGUGUGAAAUUUUUAAGUACUGUAGUUUUGUAUAUGAAAGAAAUGUUUAUGUUGCAGUAAGGGUUUGUUUUGAUACUUUAAAAAUUGAUACAUUGGGGUUGAUUAAUGAUUAACUUUAAGAAACAGUGGGUGGUCUAAAAUGUGCUUUAUCAAAUAUGCUUUUUAUUAAAGCUUUUUAUGUAACUAUUAGCAAUUAUAUGGAAUUUGAAUUUCAAAUUUAGUGUUUUGAUUUAGUCUUUUGUGACCAACUAAUGCUUUAAUGUUAGUGGGUGAAUACUGCCCUUGGAAAUGUUAAUGGGCUACCUUCACAAUGAAAUCAGAGUACUGUAACUUUUAAAGUCGGUUUAUUUUCUAGAUGACAGAUGCGACAUCUACUAUUGUUACCCAACUCAUCGUCAGAACCAAAGAAUACCUACAGCCAAAUCCUA